AUGAAGCAGCAUAUGGUAAUGGCUGGCGACGGGCCGUUUCUUCCAGAAGAAAUAAUCAGAAACAUUCUCAAACGGCUUCCGGCAAAAUCCCUGAUCCGAUUUCGGCGUGUGUGCAAACAGUGGAGAAAUCUCUUCAAGACCCCAUCUUUCAUCGAAGAACAUCUCAAUCACACUAGUCAUCAAAAUCCUUCUCUUCUUCUCGAACGGAAUGACUUAUGGUUGCUCAAUCGUGACAUGCAACUCGAUAAAGUUGAUAACGCACCUUUGAUCGAUUCCUCGAAUACCUUUCGAGUCGUCGGUUCCAGCAAUGGCUUGCUCUGUGUUUGGGUCAAUCAUUAUAUUAUAUCUCCUUCCCUUUUAUUGUGGAAUCCAGCGACUAGAGAGGUCAGACAGGUGCCACCUUCUAUUACAGGUGCAGAUAGCCCUUUCAGUAUAGGAUUUGGCUUCAGUCCAAUUGUUAAUGAUUAUAAGAUAGUGGUAACUUAUGAUUCUGUUUGUCCUUAUGAGGUUCUGCUUGUUGUAGUGUAUUCAUUAAGCUCAGGGUCAUGGAAGGAAGUAGAAUAUGGGAUAGAGGGCGUAGGUCUUUGUUCUGAAAGCAUCACUGUUAAUGGAGCUAUGUUUUGGUUUGGGUUUGGGUGGAAACAAGAUACAGAUACUUAUUACGAAGUGAUAGUUUCAUUUGACAUAGCAAAUGAAGUGUUUACUUUGACAUCAAUACCUGAUUGGUCUACUUCAAUUUCAAGAUCUGGGUUUACUGUGUAUGAGAACAAACUUGCUGUGCUUUCUUUUCCUGCUAUUCAAGACUCUGAAUCUUGGAUUGAAUGGUGGGUGAUGGAGGAUGUUACAGGUGCAUCUUGGUCUAAGAAAUGUAGUAGCUGUCUCUUUCCAUGCUUGGCACGUCCGGUGAGUAUUUGGAGGAAUCAAAUUGUUUGUGAUGGUAUUGUUGUUUGUGAAAAUGAACGCCAAGAGUGGAAUCAUGAACAAAAAAUCUCUCUGAUAAAUAUCACUACCAAUGAAUUGAGGACGUUUGAUAUCAGCAAAUGUGGUGAUGUCAAUGGAAGUAACUUUAUUUUCACCUACACAGAAAGCCUAAUGCCAAUUGGAGGAAAGAAAUUGUGUGUGAUAUUUGUAUAAGGUCUAGAGUCAUUGAUGGUAUUAAAUGUUAAGUGGAGAAUGAUGCAGCAAAAUUUUUUCUUUUUUGUUCAAUCUCACUACUAAUAGUGAUGACUGUGCUUGUAAUCCUUGAUGCACUUCGAAGAAGAUAUAUCAAUGCACAUGUAUAUUUACUACUGGACGUUUCUAACUUUAUUUGACUCAUUUAUAGAUUUUGUUGUUCAGUUCUCUUUCAAAGAUGGAUAUAUAAUUUAGUUAUUGAUGUUUGGAUUUGGCUGGAUUUGUUGUCCAUGUAAUAUACCGAUGAUUUUAUAUCACUCACAAGGGGAAAAAAAUUGAAUAUCCUGCCUUUUCAUUUCAUUUGUAAGGUAGAAAUUUAUUAAAUGCAAUUGUUGGUGGAAGCAGAUUUUCAUCUUGCAAGAGGAUAUGUGCUCUUUAGAUCAUUGGGGGAUUAGAACUAUAUUUGCACAGAAUUUACUUCAUGUAGAUGUAAUUUUUGAUGUCACAUACCAUUUUUCACUUCCUUACGAGUAAUUCCUUCUUCCCUUGAGCACUAAGAAAUAGAUGACAAUGUGUGAUGUGAAGGACCUCGGUAUUAUUUUUGACAUUUUUAAUCGACUUCUUAUAAGAUUACACAUCAUAUGCAAAUCCUUGUGCAAACAUUGGGAAGAUCUUAUUUUGGCAGUAUCUAUCAUCAUAGUUCUCCUUCCCUGUUCUGCUUUCCCUUUUUCUUUUAGUUUUUUAUGCUGUCACAACAAUAGCAUUGCGCUUGACUUCCAUAAAAACUUGACUUUUGGUCUAAUUAGCGAUGCAUUUUACCAGAUGUUGUGUUUUGAUUGGAUGAAAAUCUUUUCUUAUGCAAGGUCAGAUAGGUGUCCGUAUCUAUUAGAGGUGUAGGGUGUCCUUUCUAUUUAGGAUUUGGCUUCAAACUAUUUUUUUUAAUGAUUACAAGAUAGUGAUAAUUUAUGUUACUCUUUUGAGGUUCUUCUGGUUGAAGUGUAUUUAUUAAGUUCAGGGUCAUGGAAGGAAGUAGAAUAUAGAAAAAAUGGCAUUGGUAUAUCUGAAAUUAUAUCAUUGUUGGAGCUAUAUUUUGGUAUGGGUUUGAAAGAUACAAAUUGUUACUACAAUGUAAUAAUUUCAUUUGACAUGGUAGAAGAAGUGUUUGCUUUGAUGCUAACACCUGAUUGCUCUACUUGGAUACGUAGGUAUUCUGAACCUUUAAACAAAAGAAAAUUAAAGCAUGCACCUAUUUAGACAAAAAAGAUGCCAUAAGAAGAUUAUUGCUUGCUGCAACUUUGUCAACUAUAACAUAUGGUUCAGUUUCAAGUAGUACAUUGCACAUAAAUGAAUGGAUUAGCUGAAUCUUAAUAUCAUGGAAUGAGAUUUAACUUUUUUGGAAUUGAGAUCUGUAAGUUUUUGUAAAACUUGCCUUUGAAAAAAAGAAAGAGAAGGUUUAAUAUUUUAUGAAAAAUUAUAAAAUGAUAAAAAAAUUAAGGAAAAAGAAAGAAAAUUUUACAUUUAUCAACUUUAGAGGAUUCAAAUCUUGCAUAUUACCAACUUUGGCAACGGUAAAUUUUUGUAAAAUGAUUGCUGAAAGGGACUAAUUAUUAAUAGAGUGGAAAUCUAAAUAGCUCAAAUAAUAAGAAAAGACAAUAUCUUUCAUUAACAAUUUGAGUUUGAAUCCUCUACACAGCACUCAGAUAUACUUAUUCCCAAGUCCUAAAGAUGUCAUAUUUAUAGUAACUUAAACUCGAAGUUUUAUGUUUAGGAAAUCAUAGUCUUUUAUGUUUAAAUCAAAGCCUAUUAGUGCCAACAAAAUGUUUUUUCAUUGCUAUAAGAUACCAAUCAUCAUCAACCAUUAUCAAGCCAUCAUGUUGCAGGUAAGAAAAUUUUGCAGCCCAAUGGCAUGCCAUUUAUAGAAUCAGCAAGUAUGGGUUAUGUAAUUGUGAUCAAUCAACCUUAUUAUACAAAUCUUGUAAAACGCAGCUCAUUGGUCGGGUGUUGGUGAUAUCUUAUUGGACAGGUUGGAAUUUUCCUCUUCCCUUAUUGGUUGGAUUCAUUUAUUAUAUGGUCUAUCUUGAAUAUAAUGUAUAAUUUCUCUCUCUUUCUAUUUCUCCCCUCUUACUGUUCAAUUGAUGCCCUUCUUCGCAACUCUUUUUCUUUUUUCUUUUAGAAAAAAGGCCUUGAAAAUGAAAACUCUGCUCAUCCAUUCGGCUGCUAUUAUUCUUCUUUUAUUUAUUCAUUCUCUUUCAUUCAUUGUAACUGGCGCCUCUUAUCUUCUACUUUGAAUUUUGAAUUAUUUCUCUGAUUAUUCUUUCAUUUGUUCUCUAUUUGGUUUCUUUGUUUCUGCAACAUGCAGGUGCGGCAAUUUUCUCAGAGUGUAGUUUCUCUCUGAUCAGGCGAUGCAACUUGCUGGGAGAAAAGCCCUAUUUAGAGGCGACUACACGUUUGCUUUUUCAGAAGUCCGAUUUAGGUUUUGGCCAACGCAGCCUCCACUUCUCUCGUCUUUGCUGAGAAAGGUUAGCUGUCGCUCUUUGUUCCAUGAUUUUUCUUCAUCUCACCUGCUGAAGAAAGACUGGCCAUCUUUGGCCACAAUAAGCCUGGGGAGAAAGAUCUUUCUUCAUCUCAACCGCUCAAUAAGUACCUUCCAUAUAUUCAUCUUAUUUUUCCAUUAUCAUUAUUGUUUCACAAGUUUUCAAUUUUUGGGUCUCUGUUUUCCUACUACUUGUUACCUAUGCUCUGUGCCUUUUUUCUUUGUUCCAAUUCUUGAUUCAUGAAUCAUAACUCGUGCUGAUGAUGCCCCUUACUUGAGUCUGCAGGUAUAUUUUUUCAGCUGUUGUCUAUUUCUGCUGGUAUGUUUCUAUCUGUAAUUUUUUUUUUUUGAAGGAACUAAUCAUUAACCCAGUCAUUUGCUUCAUUUUUCAGUACAACCUUAAAUAUGAAGUCCCUACAAUAUUUCAAGUUCAUGACUGUCAAUGCUGACAUGUUAAGAUGCCUAUCUAUGGAGUAAAUUCAUUGUGGAGAUGCCUAUCUAUUGAUCGUCCUCAAAAAACAAAAAAAAAAAACAAAAAAAACAAAAAAUCAUGUACACUCCAAGAUAGUUGAUUCAAAACUAUUUUUCCUCUCUCCUCCCAGCAAAUCUGCAAACGUCUUACUACUUCUGGGCAAAGUGGCUGCAUAUACAUUGACAUUAAUGGUUUUUCUUUAUAGCCAAGUGAUACCGAUCCUGAGACCUGAGGAAUCCUUGAGAUGCCUAUCUAUGGAAUGUUGUGGGGUUUUUGCGAUGGUUCAGUUCCAUCCAGGAUCACCAGACUGGGAUUGAGAACUACAAAAGACUAACACUAUGUAUAGCUGAUUAGGAAUAAAAACUUUUAGACUAUGUUUGUUUGGUGACACCACUCUGAAUGCUGUGAAUGACAAGAUUUCAGAUAUUGUGCCUCCUGUAGUUGUCGUCCAGAUGGGUGUUCUGGGAUUCUACAAAGGUGAAUCUGGUAUUUUUCCUUAUUCUUCAUUCUUAAUUUAUCAGUCCGGCAUUUUUUAAAAUGUUAUUCCCUUCACUUCUAGACAAUCCUCAACUUUCAAACUAUGAUGAUACUACCAAGGUUUUUAAUAAUCCUGACAGAAUAAUUUGAUCAGAAACUACUGUUCAAUAGUUGCUUGCUCAAGUUUGCAGAAUAAUUUAACAAAAAUUAUCCUUCAUCAGACAGGUAGACAAUUUGAUACUGUCAAUUCCUACAGGAUUCAUGUGUAUACUAUAUUUUUCCCCCGGAAUUCUAGGAAAAGAUAUUUCCCUCGAACACUUCAUAUUCUUGCUAGAAGAGAGAUGGUCAUGAGAAUCAAGAUCGGUGAAUUCAACCUUAGGCAAAAAAACAUCUUCUCUUAGUGUGUCUCAAUGCAGUGAUGACCCAGAGAUCCUGGAGAAGCUUACAUACUUCGAAGCACAGUUACCAUAUGUAACAAUAUUUUAUUAUCAUUCAUUUGUGUCACAAAAUUGUUGCUCAUUUGGGUUUCAAAGGAUCCUGCCCUUUAUGUGAUCAAACCACAAGUGUGUUAAUUUAAUCUUUUAUAUGUUAGAACUAGUCGUUUAACCAA